AAGACCAAGCAGUGCUCGUCUGUUUGAGUGAGACGGACAGACGCCGCGCUCCUGGGGUUGCCCAGGAUGUUGCAAGGCCUUCUGCUGGUGGCCGCUUGCUUCCUGUCUUCAGCCCCAGUAACUGCUCUAAAGGAUCUCCCUGGAGAAAAGAAGUAUGAAGUGGUUUAUCCCAGAAGACUUCAUCAACUCCGUGAAAGAGAGGCCAAGGAGCCAGAACAGCAGGAAAAAUUUGAAACUGAACUGAAAUAUGAAAUGACAGUUAAUGGAAAAAUAGCAGUGCUUUAUUUGAAAAAAUCCAAGGACUUCCUUGCACCGGGCUACGUGGAAACACACUAUAAUUCCUCUGGAAAGGAGGUCACCACCAGCCCACAGAUCAUGGAUGACUGUUAUUACCAAGGGCACAUCAUUAAUGCCAACUUUUCUGAAGCUAGCAUCAGCACGUGUCGGGGGCUCAGGGGCUACUUCAGUCAGGGAGAUGAAAUGUACUUCAUUGAACCUUUAAGCCCCACAAACCGGGAUGAACAGGAACAUGCACUCUUCAAGCAUGAUCCCAAAGCAAAGAAGACUAAUGCCACCUGUGGGAUGGUUGACUUGCCAUGGGCACAUGUGGCCCUACCUGCCACCAGUCUGGUUAAAUUAAAUGAUCGGAAGGUUCAGGAACAAAAGAAAUAUGUAGAAUAUUAUUUGGUCCUGGACAAUGGUGAAUUUAAAAAGUACAAUCAAGAUCCAGAGAAAAUAAGAAACAGGGUGUUUGAGAUGGUCAAUUACGUCAAUAUGGUUUAUAAAAAGCUGAAUACUCAUGUGGUCUUGGUGGGGAUGGAAGUCUGGAAUGAGGAGGACAAGAUAGAGAUAACCCCAAAUGCAAACUUCACCCUGAAUAACUUUUGUAAAUGGAGGCGGAGUGUCCUCCCAAGAAGACAGCAACAUGAUAUUGCUCAGUUAAUCACGACAGUAGGCUUUUCUGGAACAACUGUGGGCCUUGCCUUCAUGUCUACCAUGUGCACUCCUUAUUCUGUUGGUGUCAUUCAGGACCACAGUGACGAUGCACUUAGUGUUGCAGGGACAAUGGCCCAUGAGAUGGGCCAUAACUUUGGAAUGUUCCAUGACUCCUAUCUUUGCCAGUGUCCAGAAAAAAUAUGUGUGAUGGAAGCAGCACUAAGCAUAGACAUACCCACGGACUUCAGUUCCUGCAGCCGGGUCAGCUUCGCCCAGUUUUUUGAAGAUAAGUUAUCAGAUUGCCUCUUGAAUGCCCCACUGCCUGCAGACAUCAUAUCCGCCCCACUCUGUGGGAACCAGCUGGUGGAGGGGGAAGAGGAUUGUGACUGUGGGACGUCUGAGGAAUGCACCAACAUUUGCUGCAAUGCUGAAACGUGCACAGUCAAGGCAGGAUUGACGUGUGCAUCCGGGGAGUGCUGUGAAGGGUGCCAGAUUAAAAAGGGUGGUGAAGUGUGCAGACCAGCUAAAGAUGAGUGUGACCUGCCAGAAAUGUGUGAUGGACAGUCCGCUCUUUGCCCUGAUGACCGAUUCCAAGUCAAUGGCUUCCCUUGCCAGAACGGGAAGGGCUACUGCCUGAUGGGGCUGUGCCCCACGCUGCAGGCGCAGUGCUCCAAGCUCUGGGGACCAGGAGCUGAGGUUGCAGAUAUGUCAUGUUACAGCAAGAACACAAAUGGGUUAAAGUAUGGGUACUGCCGCAAAGUGGGCGACACACACAUUCCCUGUAAAGCAAACAAAUUUUGGCUUUUCCUCAGUGAUGUCAUGUGUGGGAAGUUGUUCUGUCAAGGUGGUUCAGAUAAUUUGCACCAGAAAGGAUAUGUAAUAAGUUUCUCGACAUGUAAAACAUUUAACCCUGAAGACAACAGUCAAGAAAUAGGCAUGGUAGCCAGUGGAACCAAGUGUGGAGAUAAGAAGGUUUGUGUUCAGGCAGAGUGUGUGGAUGUCGAGAGAGCCUACAAAUCGACCAAUUGCUCAUCUCAGUGCAAAGGACAUGCUGUGUGUGACCACGAGCUCCAGUGUCAGUGUAAAGAGGGCUGGGCCCCUCCUCUCUGCGGGGACUCCUCCGUGGUGCUCUCUUCCCCUUGGAUCUGCCCAGUGUUGGCACUGGCCAGCAUUUGCUACUUUCAGUGCUCUGGAUUUUGGUCACUCUAACAGAUGGCGAAUCUCUCUCUCACUCAGAGGGGAAAAAAGGGGCUUCAUGCAACAAUGGCUCACAACUAAGGACUCAGGGCUGUCUGGGC